UGCUGUCCAAGCUUCUCUGGGACCUGCAGUCCUUCCUGUCUGUUCUGGACUCAGAGAACUUGAGUUACAUCGCUCAGGCUCAGAAGAAGUCCAUCUCAGAGCUGCUGUCCAAACUGAAGACACACGACACCCCAGUGGAAGACGCUGAGUACAUGAUCAUGAGCUGUCCAUCAUCGUCUCCUAGCAACGAGCUGACAGACACACCUUGGACAGGCCUCUUCUCCUCUGAGCUGCUCUCGAACCAGGACUUGUCCGUCUGGCUGAAGGAUGAGAUUCAGGACCCCACAGUGCCGCCCCUCCCGCCAGGAGGUCUAGGAAGUGAUGAUGAUGAAGAUACUUACGAAGAAGCAGAACCCUACGUACCUGCUGACACGACCACGUCGAACACCGAGAAGGCGGAUUCAGACAGCAGUCACUACGAGUCCUACGGUGAUGAAGAUGAUGAAGAGGAUGAGGGGGAGGAGCUAGUGAAGGACAGAGCUCACUACAUCCAAUGGAGCGCCUCUCAGCCCUGCCUAAGGCCCGCCCCCGAGUCCCGCCUCUGUGGCUACCUGUGGAGGCGGAAGUGGCUCGGACAGUGGACCAAACACCUGUUCAUCAUCCGGAGCAGCCAGCUGCUGUGUUAUAAAUGUGCUCGGGACCUGCUGCCUCACCUGGAGCUGAACCUGCGCGGCUGUCAGCUCGUCUACAAGUCCAAGAGCAGCAGGAAGAUCCAGCACCAGCUCAAACUGGUUCUGCUGGGCUCCGACACCCUGGUGCUGGGAUACAACAGCUUCGAGCAGGCCGACGAGUGGAGGAGGGUGAUCGAGGAGGUGAGUGUUGGAGGUGAAGAGGAGAUUCAUCGAUCAUCAUCUCUGAUCAGAUCAGAGCAGCUGCUGUCCUGCAGGUCCAGUUCAGUCCAGACCGACUCUGAGGAGGAGAACCCUUCAGCUCGCUGCAGCCUCCACAAACACAAAGGCAACCUGAACGUGCUGAUGAACUGUCAAUGGCAGAGUUUACUGUGUCGGGUGGAGGACGGCGUCCUUAACAUGUUUGGAGAGGAGGAGGAGAAGGAG